AUGAGACUGCUUCAGUUAUUCGUUUUGAGUUUCCUUUAUUUCAGUAAUGCUGUUUAUGGGUACUUAGAUAUUGGGUUUGCCCAACGUCACAUGGAUAAAGAUGGUGUUGUUAUGGUUAAGAAGAAUAAUUAUAGGGAUUUUGCCAAUGGUAUUGAUGGCUACUAUGGAUUGGUGAUGUUUACUGUUGGUAAUACGGAUAACAGAGGUGGUACUUGUGAGAUUUGUGAAUUUUUCACUGAAACUUUGCGUAAUGUUGCUAAAUCUUUAAAAGAGAAAGUUCCAGAUGCCAAGAUUAUUACUUAUGUAGUUGAUAUUGAGGAAAAUUUUCAAGUUGUUGAGGAUUUGAAGUUGACAUUUGUUCCUCAUGUUUAUUUGUUUGAGCCACCUGUGAAUAAGGCAUUCGAUUGGAGGUCUGCACCAUAUGUUGCGUAUGAGUUGAGCAUCGAAGAAUCCAGAAAUGAAAUUGCCUUCGUUGACUUUUUGAGUGCAAACACCGAUUUGGAAUUAUCUCCUGUUAGAAAUAAUGUCAUUAGUGUCUCUAUGUCCAUUGAUGAACAACGUUCGAUUGCUGUUCCUGUAACUAAAAGUGAAGACGUUGCCAAGAAGCAAGCUGCUGCUGUUAAGGCUAGCGACAAACCAGCUAAGAAGCAAGCUGCUGCCAAGAAACAAGACUCUGCUGAGAAGAAACAAGCUGCUGCUGAGAAGAAACAAGCUACUGCUGCCAAGAAGGAUACUACCUCCAGCAAAGCCAAGAAGGCCAAGAAAUCCAAGGCUCCAAAAAAGAAGUCAGUUUCUAAAUUUUCAACUGAAAAGGUUGGUGAACCAAGUGUUGGUGAACCAGUUCAACCUUCUGUCAAGCCUGUUGAAAAAAGGGAAACCCUGCAACAACAACAACAACAACAACAACAACAACAAUACCAACAGGCUCCACCUCAAUACGAACAAGCUCCACCUCAAGAAUAUCAACAGGCUCCACCUCAAUACCAACAACAACCUCCACAAGAUCCUGGUGUUCAGUAUCGUCAAGUAGCUGAUGAAAACGGUAACUCUGGUGGUGUUCAAGUUAGCUUCACAAACCAAGUCUUCAAACCAAUGACCUGGUCAGAAUUAUUAUGGGAAGUUGCUGAAUACUUGAAAACAAUCGGUGUUGCUAUUGCAGUAUUCUUCGUUUUUGACAAGUUUUUACUUGUCUUGGGCAAUUGA